CCGGCGGGUUCGUGGCCGCGCGCCGCCGUCUCUCCGUCUCCCUCCGCCGCCGCCGCCGCCGUCUCCGCAGUGAGGUCACGGGUGGGCGGCGCUGAGCGCGCGGCGCCUGUUCCGCCGCCCGAGCCCCCACGGCGCCGGAUUGUCUGGACAGUGACAGAACUCGGUGUUCGUGUAGGACACAAAUGUAGCCGAUGGCCUGGAUCUCACCUCCACUGCUAAUAACUUGGGGUGGGAAAAUUCUGACACACAUCGGUGACAUCUGUGCCAAAGGUGACUCCCUAGAGACGUUCAGGUUUUACCGGCGAUCUGGAUCAGCCUUUACUUUGGGGCUUUAUUUGUGAACUACCAUAGUAACUCUCACAGUGAUGGUGAAAUCAUAAAGUUGGCAGCACAGUAAAGCAAGCCGGUGAGAUUGCGUUUGAUCUCCAAGAACUGAAAGUGCUGGAUAAAAUUUUCAUACUACUUUAAAUACAUUUUGGAUCGGUUGCAUUAACAUCAGCGCUUUCCAACCUGAGACCAUUUUUCUCUUUUAAUAUUUAAACAGAGACUUAUUUGAAAAGACUAUAUUUUUUAAAAGAAAAAAAGUGAUCAAAGAUGGAUGCUCUUGCAUCAACUCAUCGUUUUUUACUAAAUCACUGUACAAGGCUACUGUGUAAAAUAGUGGGUAGCAGAUAGAGAAAAGCCUUUUGUAUGCAUAUUGCAGCGGGGUUUUUAUAUGAGAAAAUUGAACAAGUAACUAUAAAAGAAACUUCUGUGUAACCUUUCCAUUGUUAAUUUUAUGGUGUUAUGUGCAAAAUGAGUUAGUGUUUACCACUGGAGGCUGAAGAAGUAACAUUUUACUGAAAGAAAUGCGCAGUUUGGUGUGCCUAAGGUAAUCAAGGUCACUUCAAAUUGGUUUUUGCAUGAACAAGCAGGAAAAUGCACCUCCAAGACUGACUUAAUUAAAGUUCUGGUGUUUAGCGAUGGAAAGCCCACAAAUAAACUUCCCUCUAGGUCUAAUUUCAGACCAAAAAAGGAGUGGGAUCCAAGGGGAUGGGAGUCCCCCAUUAAAAAAAGCAAUGACAGAAGCCCAUGUAAAUAGCAAAGUACGAGUUGUAAUAAAUAAGUUGCCAACAAUAAAGAAGGAAAACUUGGACGAAUAUGACGAAACUCCUGUGGAGGCUGAUGGGGAAACCGCCAAGCCAAACAGCACUUCACUAUCUGAGCCUUUGAAUUUAAAUCCAGGUUUGAAACACACGUUGGCACAGUUCCACUUAAGCAGCCAGAGUUCACUGGGUGGACCGGCAGCUUUUUCAGCUCGUUAUUCCCAGGAAAGUAUGUCGCCCACUGUCUUCUUGCCUCUUCCGUCACCACAAAUACUUUCUGGUCCGCUGCUCAUUCCUCCAGACAGCUCCACAGAACUCACCCAGACUGUACUGGAGGGGGAAUCUAUCUCUUGUUUUAAAGUUGGAGGCGAAAAAAGACUUUGCCUGCCUCAAGUGUUGAAUUCUGUUCUCCGAGACUUUUCGUUGCAACAGAUCAAUACGGUAUGUGAUGAACUGUAUAUAUACUGCUCAAGGUGCACUUCCGACCAACUCCAUAUUCUGAAGGUUUUGGGAAUUCUUCCAUUUAAUGCUCCAUCCUGUGGGCUGAUUACCCUGACUGAUGCCCAGAGACUAUGCAAUGCUUUACUACGUCCUCGCACUUUUCCCCAAAAUGGCAGUUUUCUUCCUGGUAAGAACACCUUCGCCCAAUUGAAAGAGACUGGCAGCGCCUUUGAAGUAGAGCACGAAUGCCUGGGCAAAUGCCAGGGAUUGUUUGCACCUCAGUUCUACCUUGCACCGGAUGACCCGUGUAUCCAGUGUUUGGAGUGCUAUGGAAUGUUUUCACCCCAGACAUUUGUGAUGCAUUCACACAGAUCCCCGGACAAGAGGACCUGCCACUGGGGAUUUGAAUCGGCCAAAUGGCACUGCUACCUGCACAUUAACCAAAAAUAUUUAGGAACAUCAGAGGAGCAGGAACUGAAACAUCUCUUGGAGGAAAUGAAGGAGAAAUUUAGCGAGAAAAAUCAGAAAAGAACUCGUUCCAAAGAAGAAUCACAGCGGAGUGUGGAAUUAUCACAGUGGUAUCCAGUUAUAAAGCAAGAGGCAGAAACUGAUCCUCAACCAUCCUCCUUUUUCCAUCCCAGUUACUACCUUUAUAUGUGUGAUAAAGUGGUUGCCCCAAAUGUAUCUCUUGCAUCACAAUGUAAGGAUGUUGCAAAAACAACAGUCAAAGCUUCAGAAGUAAUAAAAUCCUCAUCUGGACAGUCAGAGAAGAAGCCCAUUAGUGGAAAGCACAAAAAAGCCGCAUCCUAUCCAGAGCUUUCUCUUGAAGAACAGGAAAAAAUUGACUUGAAAACUGGUGUGGAGCAGCGUAAGCAUUUAGAUCCACCUGUCUCAACUCGUUGUGCAAGGGGUGGAAAAUCUGAACGUAUUUCUUCCAAAAUCACUAGAGAUUCUGGCUGUGUUGAAGUAGGUAAUGACGUGCGAACCUUGUCCCCCACUCUCAUGAAAGACAUCAGUUGUGAAGAUGACAAAGGAAAGAUCAUGGAAGAAGUAAUGAAAACCUACAUAAAACAGCAAGAAAAACUAAAUACUAUUUUGCGGCGAAAACAGCAGCUUCAAAUGGAAGUGGAAAUGUUAAACAACUCUAAAGCUAUGAAGGAACUAACUGAAGAGCAGCAGAAUUUACAAAAAGAACUUGAAUGUUUGCAAACAGAGCAUGCUCAAAGAAUGGAGGAAUUUUAUUUUGAGCAGAGAGACUUGGAGAAGAAACUGGAUCAAGUGAUGAAGCAAAAGUGUAGCUGUGACUCCAAUUUAGAAAAAGACAAAGAAGCUGAAUAUGCAGCACAGCUGGCGGAAUUGAGACAGAGACUGGAUCAUGCAGAGGCAGAUAGACAAGAGCUUCAAGAUGAGCUGAGACAAGAACGAGAGGCAAGGGAGAAGUUGGAGAUGAUGAUAAAGGAAUUGAAGCUACAGAUCUUGAAAUCUUCAAAAAAUGGGAAGGGAAAAUAGAAAUUGGAAGAUGCAGCAUGACUGUGUCCUUCAAACAGGGUGUUCUGUUUUUUAAUGAAUUGUGAGCCAUUUCUAUGUGAUGAGAAGAACUCUACAGAUGCCUAUUUCCCAGACAAGUCCAGAUGAAGAUAUACAUAUAUAAAAAUAAAUAGAGAUAGAUAGGUGAACAUUUUUAGAUUUUCCUAACCAAUGAAAAUCUGCAUUUAUUUGUACUGGUGUUUUUCUCAAAAAAUGAAAAAUACAAAACUCUUGAUUUAGAGUGACCAGUUUCUGUCUAUUUCUAAUGCAGUCUUGAGGACUCUACCUUUUAACAUUGUCUGUUAAAACAUAUGUGAUGAUCUUUAUUUUGCUAUCACUUGUACAUCCUUUAAAAGUACGUUAAAAACAUUCAGAAUUCUUCAAGGUCAAAAAUAGUUUGGGUUUCAGUGAGAAUUAUGUGUUCUUGAACUGGGGGAGAGUAAAGGCAACCUUUCAUCUGUAAGGUAAUACUCAAAAUUGCUACAAUGAUAGAUGAUUGAUCAUCUGAAGUGAUUCACCAGCAUGAGUUUUUCCCAUAAUUUCAUUGUGUGAAGUCAAGCUGAUCUUCUCAGUAUUUUCUAUUUAACAGCUUAUUAUCAAUCUAAAGAAUUUUAGAGCCAGCAUUUGCUUGCCAUGCUGGAAGAAGAAAACUUUAGGGUUCUUUUGUAAAUUAAAAUAUUUACAAUUGCAAUGGAAUCUUUGGAAAUAAAAAAAUGGCAUAUUUUGUUUUGUUUUCUUCUAUAUAGUAGGUAUGGAAGAAAUGUUAAUAAAGGGUUUAAAGGUGAGGCUUUUCCUUCUAGAAACUGAGAAAGCUUGAUUUAACUGGUUUUCAGAUGUUAAUGCUUUCAAGGAGAAUGGUAUUUCUAUGUACUAAUAUGUAUUUCUUUAGUUUCUUUAGUACCCUAAGCCUCCACACCUUGAGCUUCUUGCCAAUUUGUUGAUCUUUCUCUUAUUAUGUAGAACAAGCCUUAACUGACAUUGCGAUAAUAGCUUAAAGAAAUACAAUUCUGAUAUGGCACUUUGAAAUGAUUUUGAUAGUCUCUGUAUUUGAAUGGCCUGGUAACUUUACCAUGAAUUAAGAAAUACAGCAUGUUUGUUAAGCUAUAACAUUUGAAAAUGUGUAGUUGUACAGAAUUACUGUUUUAUGUAUAUAUAAUGUUUGAGUACUUCAGAAGUCUGGUUCCUGGUAGAUUAAACGCAUGAUUACAAAGUUGGAUGAAGAAAUACUUUUUUGCACUUGUCUCCAGAAAGUUUGGUACAGGUGACAGAUGUGACUAGGAAUGUUUUAGUGGUUCUAGUAUUUCACUACAAAAUUUUAACCUGUGCUUUAUCUUCUGUUUUUGAGGUACUUAGGCUUAUUAUUCUCUUAAUAAUUCAGUUAGUUUUGGAUGAAACCACUACUAAAGGCCUACCUUGAUUUUUUUUUUUCCCCUGAAGUAGUGAAACUGAAAAAUUUCGAGUUCUUUUUUAGUGGUACAACAGGACUGAAUAUCACAGAGAAAGGUAAAAUUGCACAUAUCUUUAAAUUGAAUGAGAAAUUAGGUGGUAAAUUAAAUGUCAUGGAGUCAUCAGAUGAUUCUUUUAUAGCUGUGUACAAUUUUGUUUAUGAACUCUGUGUCAUAUUUGCACUGAUGAUUAAAGCAGGUCAGAUGAAAAAACAUCAGACAAUUUUCUUUGUGAAUGUUGGUCAGAAGGGAAGACCAAUAUGACGUAUUCCUCUUACUCCAUCUCUAAAGCGUUGCUUUAAAGAAAAAAGAAAAGAGAAAAGCCUGUCUUUGCAUUUGGAAGGAAAAGGGUUUAGUAGAAAUAAUUCUGAUUGCAUAUGUGCCAUUUGCUUUAAAUCACGGUGAAUAUUUUAUUGUAACCACCACCAAAACUGUGGCUGUAGGGGAGAGUAGGCAGGAAUGUUGGUAGAAGUGUGAUUAUUGUGCACUGGAGCUUGAAGUAAUCCAACUUGUUUGGCAGGACCUACGUUGGAUUAGCUUAGAUGGGCAAGUAAGAAAACACCGUCCUGGGAAACUGAAGUGUUUCAUCGGGGUAAUAUCAAAGGAUCAAAAGAUACCAUUACUAGUUGCUUUUCAGGGUCAGUGUUUUGAGCCAGACCUGUUUGAUUGUCAAUGUAGAUAAGGCCACACAGACUCCUUUAGUAUAGCUGCAGUGACUAAUUUACCACCGUUUUUAUUGCUUAGCUGUUGAAUGUAUGGAAUCCUCAUGGGAUUAUUAUGUUAGAAUACUGUAUAUUCCUUUUUCAUUCGGGUCUUGUCUAUGUUAUAUUACUUUUCUCCCAUUUUGCCACUGGUGGUUCUUCAGCAGUGGCUGUUGCAGCUGGGUUCCCAUGCCUCGGCCAGCACAGCAGCUGUCUCCCAACCAACUGUUAACCAACUGGUUUGUGCUGUAGAGGCUCUUCAAAUGCUAGUGGACAUCGUUUGUACUAAUAUUUUCACUGUUGCAAGAACUCAAGCAGCUAUAUGAAAUUUCAGCAAUUCCAGAUGCAGAUAAGGCCUCCUAAUCGUUUCAAAGAACCUGGCUGAAAAAGCUAAUGGGACUUCUAUUAAAAUGACUUUAAAAGUAGCUUUGUAAAUAUUCCAUUUAGUUAAUCUAAAGUUAGAAUGCAUUUUAAAUUAUUGUAAUUCUGUUAAAACUCUUAAAAUAUUACUUUCAGGCUCUUUACAUAACAUAAAUAAUUUUCAUAGGUGUAGACUUAAUUUUAUACUGAUUUUAAGUAAUAAUGUAUACAUAAAUGUGCCAUAGAUUUUGUGUGUUCUCAGUCUUUGAAAGGUAGUUUUUUAGUAAAUUGUAAAUAAUACUGUAUAAGUUGUAGAACAAAUAUAUGUUGACCUUUUUUCACUACCUUAUACUAGUUAUAUUGAAAGAUUUCUUUUAUAACCUAACAUAGGAACUUGGAAUGCACACUUAAGGGUCCUCACUUAGGUGCACACGUAAUGGUAGAAAUAAAUUCUGUCGUUAGGUCCUCGCUUUCAGUCACAGUGUGCUCAUUUUCUGUAUUAUUUGUUUUGCCUUCAGUUAUUGUUUGCUGAUCUUUCAGGCAGAAAGUCUUUUCCCCAGAUAGUUGUGACGUGAAGCCUUUAGGAACAAAUCCUAAAAUUGUCCCUAACUUUGAAAGUUGUGUUGUUUAAACACCCAGGCCAAGAUCAAAGCUGCCUGGUGCACCUUUGGGAACAAAGUAACUAUGAUUUAAGGUGAAUAUCUAAUUUGCUCCUAUAAUUUUUAAUAGAGAACUUUCACGUGCUUUGUGUUCUCUAAUCAACAAGAAUAUGUAAGAGCUUGGAGAGUUUAACUCUUGUAAUUUUGGCAGUCUGAUGGCACCCUUGUUUGCAGUGUAGCCAUGUAUUCCUAGACGAAAGAGAUUUUUAUCUAAAUCUCCAAACUUAACUAAAUCUGUGUUUUAGUUUUUGUAAAGCAUAUCGUUUAGCUUGAGUAUUUAGAUAAAUGUAGUUAUGUUUCUCAUUCUUAAACUAAUUUUAUUCUAUAUUUAAUAUAUUAAUAGCUUAGAUGUAAAAUCAUUUGUAUAUAGUAAAGGCAUAAUGCAAUUAGUGAAGUAGGAAAAGUUGAGUGGGAGCAUAAAGCUACUGGUGGCCUGAAAAUAAUAAGGCUUGGCCCAUAUUUUAGAAGUCACAAUGUUUUAUUCAUACAUUCUUGUUUUAUAUUGGGGAGGGCAUAGCUAGAAUGUGUUAUGAAAUUUUUCGAGAACUUUCCUAGCAUUAGUGGUGAAGUUGGCCUUGAAAUGCUGUCCUGGUCAGCUUCCUAGAAUUCACUUGUUUGUAGAGUAUAUAUUUUGAUUGUCAGUAAAGAUAACAACUUUGUAUUUUUUCUGCACUUAAUUCAUGUAAUUAAUCCACAUGACAGAGUUUUCUAUAACAUGGUGAAAAAUGCAAUUACACCUACCUGUUAAUCACUGCUUGCAAUAUUUCAGAAAUUUUAUUGAAGCUGCCAUUAAUAAGCAGCAGAAAGCUGCAAAUUUCAACCAUUACAUUUGCAAUGUGAGUAUUCAUAAGUUUUCAUUACAGAAUGCUUGUAGAAUAUUCUAUUUGUUGCAUAUUUCUAUUUCAAAAAGACGUCUGUUUUUAGCUUUUGUGAAAGCAGUUAUUGCCUACAAAUUACAUGACAAUUUUGUAGUGUGUCUCCAUUACUUAGAAAAUUGGGGUUUUUUUUAGGGUUAGCGGUUCAGUUGGAAAAUGCUUGAAAAAAAGAGUUUUAAGCACUUCAUCAAGCACAGCAAACAAAUGGUAUAAAAUUUUGCUAUUUGAAAUUGGUUAAAUGUAACUAUAAACUGAUUUUUUUUUUUUCAAAUAUAGAUACCUCACUUAAAGGAAAGCACAGCUGUACUGUAGUUAAUUCUAUAAUAAAAAGUUGGUCUAAAAUAUUUUGUUACCAUUAUGUUGCUUUCUGUGAUUGACGAAAUCUGGUUUUAUGUUUUCAUAUUCACUCUCAAAAGUAUUUAUUGAUGUUGACGUGCCAGUAUAAUUAUCUUAAUAAAUUACAGAAAGCAGCUGCAGAACAGCAGAGUCUGUGUUGGCUCAAGGCAACGGGUCGGAUGGCUGUUCUGAAACCAUAGUGAAAGCCUGUGAAAAAUGAUCAGGGCGUUCAACAGUUGUUAAUACUUUGCCAAUGAUGUACAGUCUUAAGAGUUGCUGUGGUUGCAUUACAUGACACACAAAACUGUCCUCUACCUCACGUGAGAUUUAACAGAUAUUUUAUAUGGUUUUAGUAAACAAGAUGCAUCUAUCUGGUCACUUAGUUUACAAAUUUUGAAUUAUAUUUAUUGAAACAUGACAUACUGUGCUCUUAGCUUAUACCUCAAUUGUAUUUUGUGCUGUUAUCCAUUUUCAUGCUUUGUAAAUACCUGUAUAGAUUGUGGAUUCAAAAACAAAUAAAGAACUGUAAUGUCAGAACGCUUUCCUUUGUAGUAUUUUUGGACACUGACUUCUCAACAUGACUUUUUGGAAGGUGUUUAACAAUGAUGCUUUUCUGAGGAGGACAGUCUUCUUUGCUUUGAUUACAGCGAAUUAAAACUUGAUGAUACAGAAACUUGUUAGCAGAACUCGCACUGCCUGCAGCAGGUCCCCAGUUUUCUAAAGGGCAUUUUUAGCAAAAUCUACAAGAUUGAUAGUCCUCCUGCGGCAUGAGUCCAUUUUCUAGCUCUGUGAAGAUAUUGACACUAAAUUUUUUGUGGAUCUUGCUGUAAAGUUGGUGUUGAUGCAGUUAAGUACAACCACUUGUAUUUGACAAGCUCUGUAUUGCAUGGCUUUUGUUGGUAGUUUACUACUUGAGCAGUGGUUUUGUUCCCAUCCCUCCUUAAUAGCUCGGUAAUGCACAAGAUAAAAGUCACAUCACUGUACUGAGAUUUAUAAAAAGUUUAAAUCAGACAUGAGAAUUGUACUUUGUUUGCUGA